CACCGUCGUACUUGUUUGCUAUCUGCUCAUUUGCUACUAUGUCGUCGGGCGGACCGCACCGUGGGUCACCCCUUUUACUUGUAAUCGAUGUUAAUUGCAUGCCUGAUCAAUCCGCUUGACAUUUCUCUCCGCACGCACGCCAGAUUUUCACGUCGGGUCCCCGAGUAUACGAACUCCGAAACGUACCAUCUGUUCUCCCUCUUCGCUAUGUCACUUCGCCGCUAGCGGCUAAAAAUACGGCGUUAUAAAUAGUCGGAAUCUAACGGAGUAUACGCGGGUGUAAGACAUGGAAGACCUACCUCCGCUUUUCUUCUACUCGAUCAGCGAUGGCUCUAAAUUGUCGAAGUUCCACCCGAAACUGCUACGCCAAUCUAAUUCGACUCAAUUUUGGAAUCGCGCCGCUCGUUCGUCUCAUUUAACCAUCUUUCGAAUCGCGAAAAUGGCGAGUACGCAGCUGCGAUAACAAAUAAAUGAAAUUUAAAUCUAAAAUAACAAAUUUUUAAGUUUAUAUUUCUGAUUUCACGUACACUAAGUAGUCCGAGACCGAAAUUUCACCUUUAACCAUAUUUAAGAAAGAAAAAUAAUUAUUGACUACUGUAAAUACUGAAUUGAAAGGAAUGAUUGAAAUAGAGAGGAGGUAUUGUCAUUUUAAAUAUUCCAUGGUAAUUUUCGACUGGCUUGGUCAUUUUAGCCAUUUUUGGACGAGUUCCAUCCUUUCAUCGAGGCCCUGCUGCCUUUCGUCAAGUCUUUUUCCUACACGUGGUUUAAUCUGCAAGCCGCAAAAAGGAAGUAUUACAAAAAACACGAAAAGCGAAUGUCCCUCGAGGAGGAGCGGCAGUGCAAGGAGGCUCUUCAGAAUGAGAAAGCGGAAGUCAAGCAGAAGUGGGCGUCCCGCUUGCUGGGUAAACUGCGAAAAGACAUUACUCAAGAGUGCCGGGAGGAUUUCGUGCUGAGUAUAACGGGGAAGCGUCCCGCUGUGUGUGUCCUAUCUAAUCCAGACCAGAAGGGCAAAAUGCGCCGAAUAGACUGCCUGCGCCAGGCCGACAAAGUUUGGCGUCUCGAUCUCGUUAUGGUGAUACUGUUCAAGGCGAUACCUCUCGAGAGUACGGACGGCGAGAGGUUGGAGAAGAACCCGGACUGCUCGCAGCCCGGACUGUGCGUUAACCCAUAUCAUAUUAACGUGUCGGUGAGGGAACUGGAUUUGUAUCUGGCCAACUUCAUCAACAGCCACGAAAUUUUAAGCGGUGUAUGUUACAAUAACAACAACAAAAAAGAAGAAGAACGGAAAAAUAAAGUUACAGGAUACACCCACAAUCCUUAUAACGGAGUAGUAUGUAAUGACAUUAUAUUAGCCACUGGAGUAUUUUCAUCAAAGGAAUUAUGGAAGUUAUCCAAAUCUUCGAUACUACACGAAUUGUCAGAUCCGCAACCCAACAUGAACAGUGUGAAACUGGAACAUCCUGCUUUCUAUUGCAAUAACUAUCCUGAACAAGGACCUGUCGUUGGGGACCGAUCGUCGUCUGUGGACGCAAUGGUUGUUUCAGCUACAUAUUCGAUGCCUCAGAAUACCACGUUAGUGUCUUCCAGUUCUCAAGCAAGUCCAAGCACGUUAUUCUACCAGCACAGUCCCGAACCUCACCACCAGCACCCGAACCAAGUAAAAUAUCCGGAAAAUGGUCACGACUCCCUCUCGGAUUUCGUCACCUUUGUUUGUCAGGAAACGGACAGCAACCAAAACGCACAGAUGCAAACUAACUUAUCGAGAAGUCCGAAACCGCAAUAUUUCCCUUCGACAAUGCUCCCACCGCCCCCCUUACCCCCGAUGGCUCGACCAGUGGCCAUCAUCCGAUCAACUGGAGACGUGACGAUGAGCGGAACUAACUCGCCUCCCGCCAGUAUAACGCCUCCAUGCAGCGAAGCUUCGCCGGCAGACGAAGUGCCGGAAAUAAGUUCUUCACCACCGUUGAGUCCUGGGAGCCACGAAAGGCGAAAAUCGCCUUCGCAGAGGAACUCGGUGCCCACGAGUAGUCCGUACUCCCCCAACAGAGACUAUUCCUUCAACCACUUCCACGGGCAGCCGGGACAUCUCUUCAGCUACCCCAGUAUGACAGGGAUGUCUGGCGUUAUCAGCCCUACGAACCUCAGUAUGUACUCACCCAGCGUGAGUACGUCGAGAGGUACCCCGCGUUCUAAUAGUAUACCGAGGUGGAGCACCCCUUUGUUCACGUUAGACCAGGAAGACUUCAAUAUGAUAACUCACCCUGCCAACCCCGAAACGAACGCGAUAAUCCUGAUGGACGAGGCGACGGCUGCAGCGUCAUCCACGGAACACACAGGACAGUGUUGUAACAGUGCAAACCUAAUGUGCGACGCGGACAGAUUUUUCCAAGCGAGCGACGCUUUAGAAAGUUCCGCUUCUCGGGAACAAGAUCAAUUACCACCACCAAAGUCGCCAUAACUUCGGAAAACAACGACAAACUGCCUUAUCAUCUUCUGCAGCUUUCUUGCCAAUUUAUGUGUGAUGAUUCUGUUGGAUUUUGAUAAUUUCUCGCGACUUUGUGCGCAUAUAGAGGCUGCUCAAGUAAAUGUAGAGGUGUAGAUUAGUUCUCAUGUAUACUCUAGGAUAGACGCCGGUGCCGAGACGAGCUGCGCGAACCUCCGCGAAGGACCGAUGACACACCUUCAACUUGGUCCUCUUGUCCUGGGCACCGUCAAUACGUUAGUUUCAAUAGCGCCCACUAACUUCGCCCCUGACAGUUCUUCGAUUUUCGCUCACGAUCCACGCGUUCCCGCAAAACCAAUAAAGAGCAUCGAAGCGUUUUCUCAGAUAUUUUUCGAGGUGCGUUUAGGAGACGCGCGGAUGCCGAAAAGAGAACGACAUUGUCAGGGGCCCCAUUUUGGUGGCGUGUUUCAAUUCCGUUCCUAUGUUGGGUAGAAUAUCCAGCGAUGCUUGUCUUCCACGGAUGUGCUUGUUGCGUGAACAAGCAGUGAGCUGGGUCUGUGCCUUAGUAUUACAAUAAUAUUGAUACUGUUACCGUAGCCUAGUUAGAAACGUUAUAAUCGAGCUUGCUCCGCUCAUCGUGCAGCCAGCUUCCCUGUAAAACAUCCCUUAUUCGACGCCUCACGUCACAAUCACGUCACCCUGCCUCGAAAGGGGUUUGCUUCACUUGGAAAAACACCAGUGACGUGCUUGAGAAUAACCAGCGCCAGGGGCGAGAGUAUAGGUGAGUUGAGGCUGCAAAAACGGCAUCAUAGUUCACAUGUAUAUAAUAUAUAUUUAUAUACUAUCGUACGUAAGGUUGCCACGAAAUGAAAAGCAUCUUAUCCUUCUCGCAAAAUCCAUACGGCCGCAACGUAAUACAGAUUAUGUUCGAAAAGAUAUCUUCCAGGUCGAUAAUUCGAGCGCUCCAUGCCAAAUUAUUACGAUUAAGUAAGGGGUUCUAAACCGAACAGGUCACUUUUUUUUUACGGAAAGUUUUAUAAUCGCAGAAAUUGCUCGAGUUGAAUUUUAAUUUGGUGGCGACUGCUCGUCGUAGGCUUCAAAAGGUAGGACGAGACGUGGGAUGCUUUUCGUAGUAGAUGGAUGAAAUUGAAUCUUACUGUGAUUGAGUACCUUUAAAGCAGCCGCGGCCGAGCGAAGGGCGCUACGGACAGGUCACGGGGCGCCCACAGGUCACGCUCCCCCCCGACUCCUUUAUUUCUAGUCACAUGCAGCAGAGUGACCCUGACUGAUGUACCUACUCCCUCCGCUCUUAUUAACAUGUUUACUCUACGGACACUCUGCAUUUCGUUUACUUCCCUUUACCCCCCCAAAAAAAAA